AUGCGUCUGCAAAGCUCCUUCUCUCUGCUGUCCACCUCUGUCAUCGCCAGUGUCGCGGCUCAAGGUGUUCCCACCGGCGAACUGGGAAACGCAACUGCUGUCGAGAAUAACCCGCCUGGAGUUGUUUAUGUGGCCACCCUGCCCGCUGAGGCUGCUUUCAAGCCCGCCUACCCAGACGGAGGAAACGUCAAGGGAUCCAUCAAUGCUGUCGCCUCACCUAACGGCAUGGGCGUGAUCUUCAAGGUCAAAUUCGAAAAUCUGCCUUCAGAGGGGGGCCCUUUCAGUAAGACCAUGUACCAUUACGACCUUGAGACGCAUGCUAACAAGAGCUCAGUCUAUCAUAUCCACGAUGCGCCAGUACCCGCUGACGGGAACUGCACAAAAACCCUUGCUCAUCUCGAUCCCUUCAUCCGCGGAGAGGAUCCCCCAUGCGAUAGCGCGCUUCCGGAGACUUGCCAGGUCGGUGACCUGAGCGGCAAGCACGGCAAAAUCACUUCGGAUCCCUUCAGUGCUACCUAUACUGACGAGUUCGCCUCGACUCUUCCCGGCAUUGGCGCCUUCUUCGGUAACCGUAGCUUUGUCAUCCACUUUGCCAACAAGACACGCAUCAGCUGUGCCAACUUCCAGGCCGUUACUACCAAUAAUCCUACACCGACCGACAACUGCACCAGCACUCCUACGCCGACUCCGUUUUCUACGGGUGUCGUCCCAACUUACCAGCCGACCUCAACGUUUGUCACCGUCUCUGGUGCGAUGGCCAACAAUCCUGUCACCGUGUUCAUGGUUGGAGCUGCGUCAUUCUUUGUCGCCAUGACAUUCAUGCUAUGA